GAUAUAUUUAGCACUGGAGUCGACCCACACUUUCUGCAUCCUUUGCUUCUGAGAAGUAAAAGUAGUGUAUAUUAUGUUAAUAAUAGCGAUGAGUGAAGAAUGUGUUGAAUAGCGUAUAUCCUUAUCGCUAAAUAAGUAAAAAUAUUAUAAUUUUUAUUGAAAACAACGGAAUUUUGGAGAAAACAACAGCCGGUUGUCCCGAAAAAUGUAUGGUCUGAACGACAGGAGUAACGACAGAAAAGAUGAUAUUAAGUACACCCGAGAGGAGAGCCGAAGUCUGUCGGAUUCACUGGAUUCUUGUGGUGCGGACCAGACCUGUCGUCAUAAUCUGAAACAUUUACUCCAUUCGUAUCGCUUUCACCUACUUAUAGUGGGUUUAGUGAUCAUCGACUGCAUAGUAGUGGUCAUUGAACUGAUGAUUGAUUUGCAAAUAUAUCAGACAGAAGUCAAAAACAAUCCCAACCAUGACAUCAAUAAAUCUCAUAAUACGGCGCACACUAUAGCGGAGGUCUUGCAUUACACGAGUAUCGCUAUUCUCUGCAUAUUUACGAUUGAAAUCAUUUUCAAAGUAUACGUCUUUCGGACGGAGUAUGUGAAGCAUAAGUCAGAGAUUUUUGAUGCAUUUAUUGUAAUCACAUCAUUAACUCUGGACUUGGUUUUCAUCAAACAUGAAGAUAUUCUCCGAUAUAUCGGUUUAGUGAUUAUAUUGCGUUUGUGGCGAAUUGUCAGGGUCAUUCAUGGUAUAGCGAUAUCAGUGAAGACGCCAUUAGAGCACAGCUAUGAGAAGGAGAAGAGGAAGAGAGAGAAAGGGGACAAAGAGUUGGCGGAAAUGCAUCUCUACGUCAACUCAUUGGAGAUUGAAAUCAUGAAUUUGCGGUCAAUUCUCAACAAUAAUGGUAUUGUCGACGGAGUGCCGCAAACUUAUCUCAAGAUUGACCGGAAAGUCUGAUUCGUGAUAUAUGUCUGAAGAAAAUAUUUCUAUUGUUUUUGGUGUUAUUUUUAAUGUAUUGAAAAGUCAACU